GGGUGGUGCAGAUAAAGCCUCCUUGUCUUAAGCAGGGAGGAUUUUGUGUCUGCUUUUCCUGAUAUCCAUGCAGAGUAGCUGCUGGAAGUGGUAAUUUGAAUCUCUGGCCAAGGACAGCUGAGCCGGGGCUGCACCGUGGAGAUUAUCUGAUUGUGCUUUGGAUUUAAUGCCCUGAGAAAUCUUGCUUUGGACACAGCACCUGGCUGCCAGCGAGGAUCCUGCUCUGAGGUGAUUUGUCUCCUGGGUGAUGGUGGCACACAGAAGGUCAAAUGAUAUGUCCAAGGUCCCCAGAUCCAGUGGAAGAAGCUGCCUUCCAAGCUACACUGCUCACAGGAGCUGCUUCUUCAGCUGUCAAGGCCUCUGAGCUGUUGCUGAGGGGAAGAGGACAGGGCUGCCUGGAGCAAUGUCCAACGACCCCCCCCCUCCCUACCCGGGGGGCCCCUCGGCUCCGCUGAUAGAGGAGAAGCACGGCCCACCCUCUGCACCAGAGGGUGUCACCCCAGUGGUGGGACAGCCCCAGGGGGUUCCCAACCCCCCUCCUGAGUUCGGACCCCCCCCAUAUGAGCCACCCUCGCAGCCGGGGUUCGUGCCCCCCCACAUGCCCAUGGAUGGCUCUGGGCCCUAUGUGCCACCAGCAGGAUACUACCCACCCCCAGGCCCUCACCCCCCCAUGGGCUACUACCCUGCCCCAGGCCCCUACCCCUCUCCUGGUGGCCACACGGCCACCGUGCUCGUCCCACCUGGAGCUGCCACCACAGUCACAGUGCUGCAGGGAGAGAUCUUCCAGGGUGCCCCCGUGCAGACGGUGUGUCCCCACUGCCAGCAAGCCAUCACCACCAAGAUCUCCUACGAGAUUGGGCUCAUGAGCUUCCUUCUUGGCUUCUUCUGCUGCUUCGUGGGGUGUGAUCUCUGCUGCUGCCUGAUCCCCUGCCUGUUCGAUGACUUCAAGGACGUGACACACACGUGUCCCAACUGCAAGGCCUACAUCUACACGUACAAGCGCAUGUGCUAACGGCACCCGGAGCCCCGAGCGCCGCCGGCCCCGCCCCGCUGCUCCGGCCCCGCCCGCAUCACCCCUCGCUUCCCGCCCGUGUGUGUGUGUGUUAUCCCCAGCUCCCUCCCUGCAGAGCUGCCGCCACCUGCCCCCGGCUCUGCUCCUCACUGGGAAUAGUUGGAUUGGUGACACUGGUGCACAGGGGAGGUGGGCCCAGGCCCCAGCCGUGCCGUGCCGGGCGCGGAAGCGACCCUGGGAAGAGCAGCAGCUGCUGGAGGUGCAGGGAUGCCCGCCUGCAGGGAUAUGCUGAGACAGGAGCCCACGGUGCCCUCGGGGGAUGCAGCACAGCCUUCGUGGCACGUUGAGGAAGGGGCUCAGUGACAAGGAGAAGGGGCAGUGCCACAGACCAGGUUUCCGUGUGGUUCACAGCCCCUUCCCGAGGGGAGGCCGAGCUGCCUCUGAGCACGGAGAGGAGCCCGGCAGCGGCACCGCACCCUUAUCAGCACCUCCGUCCCGCCCGGUGGCCGCUCCAGCUGCAUGCGCCUCCUCCCAGCCCCUCCGGGGGCAGGGACAGCCCGAGCAGCCCCCGCCCCCGGCACGCUGAGAGCCAAACCCGCACCGCCGUGGCCUGGCUGCCCGGCACUAGAGUAGAGGAGUUUGUUACCGGGCCCGGCAGGGGCUGUAGGGCCCUCCUUGCAUGUGCUCUAGGGGGUAUUUUUAGCUCACUCCUGCGGGGCAGAAGGAAGGGGCAAGCAGGCACCGACAGGAGCUGCCAGCAGCAGCCCCGCAGGAGGAGCUGGGAGCCAAGUUCAGCCUCUCGGGGCUGCUCCUCCCUCCCCUGCCCCUGCAGCUCCCAGAGCCAAGUGGGGGGGUCUCUCAGUACACAGGUCUGCAAACACAGCCUGGCCUGCACAGGCAGCUGCUGUUUGCUCAGGGGUGGAACUGUGGCACUGUGGUGUUUUUAUGUAAAUAAAUAACAGACCCUGAACU